AUGAUUCGUCGACAAGCACGUCAAAGGAGAGAAUUCAUUUAUAAGAAAUCUUUAGAAGCUCAAGAGAAGGAAUCUUAUCAAAGAAAGCAGAAAUUGAAAUCUUCUCUGGCUUCUGGGAAGGUGCCCACGGAGUUACAAAACGAUGCUCAAGGCUUAGGCUCUGAAUUGCGAUACGAUGAAUCUCAAUCUGAUCCAACUCAACUCCUCGACGAUGAAUACAAUAAAGCUGGUACUUAUGAUCCCAAAAUUCUCAUCACAACUGCCAGAGACCCUUCCUCUAGGUUAACUACCUUCUCAAAGGAACUUAGACUGGUGUUCCCUAACUCUAUACGCUUUAACAGAGGUAACUACGUCGUCAAAGAAAUCGCAGACGCCUGCAGAGCCAACAACGUAACGGAUUUGAUCAUUUUACACGAAACUAGAGGUAAACCUGAUGCUUUACUCUUAUCUCACUUUCCACAUGGCCCAACUCUCACUUUCACCCUCUCAAACGUUCAACUUAGGCAUGACCUUGCCGGUGCCUUGGAUAGCACUGUCUCCGAGCAAUUCCCUCAUCUCAUCUUUGAAAAUUUCUCUUCCUCACUCGGUAACCGCGUGAUGAACGCUCUCAAAUUCCUCUUUCCCCCUCCAAAACCAGACGCUAAGCGUGUUAUGACUUUCUACAAUGACGCUGAUUUCAUCUCCUUCAGACACCACGUCUAUGUAAAAACCUCUCACAAAGAUGUUCAACUUGCUGAAGUUGGUCCGCGUUUCGAAAUGAAGCCGUAUGAAAUAAAACAAGGCACUAUUGAAAACGCUGCUGCUGAUACUGAGUGGGUUCUACGUCCUUAUCAGCGUACCGCGAGCAGGAGGAAGUUAUUGUAA